AUGAUGUCAAACUUCACUGCCAGUAGUUGGUCAAUAGUGAAUGAUGCUCAACAUGGAAUGAAAACAAUCGAUCAGGAAAAAUGGGCAGCGACUUUUAGAGAAUGGAUGCUAUCAGUGUCGGAAACAGUUGAUGAUCGACGUCCCAUUAGGAAAGAAUUAAAUAGACCUGAUGACAUUUCAAAUAUGCACAACAAAUGGACGUUUCCAACAGCGUUGUUGUAUGUAUUGACUGUGUUAACUACUUGCGGUUAUGGAGAAGUAUCUGUAGAUACAGAUGUAGGAAAAGUUUUUUCUGUCGUCUUUGCAUUAGUGGGUAUACCCCUUAUGUUCAUAACAGCAGCAGAUAUCGGAAAGUUUUUAUCUGAGACUCUUUUGAAGUUUGUUAGUAACUGGAACAGAAUGACUCGUAAAGUGAAGCAAUUUCUAUGUCGUACACGGCAUGGUCGCAGGAAAUCUUUGCAAUCUUCAAUUGGAAAGACUGAUACGAUGGAUAUUCUGGGGGUUGAUGGAACAGAGGAAAAGCUGUGGUUCCCGAUAGGUGCCUAUGUUUCUUGUAUUUGUCUUUACUGCUCUAUGGGCUCAGCAAUGUUUAUCAACUGGGAAAGGAGCUGGUCAUUCAUUCAUGCUUUCCAUUUUGGUUUCAAUCUUAUUGUAACAGUGGGAUUGGGAGAUAUAGUUGUGAAAGAUUAUAUAUUUCUUUCUCUCAUCGUGGCUUUUGUUAUUGUUGGUCUUUCUGUUGUGACAAUGUGUGUUGAUUUAGCAUCUACUCAUUUGAAAGCAUAUUUCACUAGAAUUCACUAUUUCGGUCGAGCCAAACGAUUCCUUGGAAUGAGCGAAGAAUUGAAAGAGAUUGUUGCUCUAUUAGGAGCAAUGAGAAGGAAAAAGGGAGGAAAGGUCACAUGGAAUGAUGUGCGCGAUUUCUUGGAUAACGAGUUACGUGAUCGACCAUUUGAGCCACAUGAACUUCUAAUGAAACUUCGUUUCAUUGAUGAAACAUCUUCAGGACUGUCGACUGUUCGUCACAACUCGUUCCAGUCAGAUUUCUUCCGAGAAUCAGAGUAUAUUCGAAGAGUUCAAGCACUGCGUCCUGAGCAACCAACAUUUCUUUAA